UUGACAGUGUUCUUCUAGUGUCCGCGCCCGCAAGGAGGUGACUGGGCAGAAGGAAGGGGGGUGUUCUAGAAGUAUGACAUCAUACCUAGAAGUACGUAUAAUUAAAGCCGUUAAAAUACCAUCAAUUUUUUCGAGCAUGCUAGCAUGUCAAAAAUCGGGGUUUUCGACCACAUAAAGAAGCUCAAAACGUGCCCGGUCCUGAUUACCACAUCCUCCUCCCUUCAUUCUCUUGCUAUCUCAAGGCUUGGGGGAGUCUUGCUAUUCAGCUGCUGUCUUGUGGGCAAUGUCUUUUCCAAGGAUGUUAUCAAAUCUUGAAAGGUCCUUAAUUCCCCAAAAGACAAUGUUUGAAAAGUCUUUACGGCGGUGAAGCGUUAAGCGAAGAAUCGAUGAGAUGAGGGUCAUUGGCUGACUACCCGGAUGGAAUCCAGUGCAGAUCGUCGAUCAAACGUGCCCGCAGCAGGAAAUGAGUACCGCAAUCUAUUCGCAGACUGCGGAGCCCGAGGACAAGGAAUAGUGGAGUCGGCGAACCCUCAAAAUUGUAUGAUAUACAUACCGGUACGCACGUGCCCGGCAGUCCGUAUCCGGAAAUACUGCUGUCACUACACAGCCAUCCAACUUGCGAAGAGAGAUCUGUUAUCGCAUCUCGGACACCGUGCAAAAACUGAUAGUACUCGCACAUCUACCAGGCAUAAUGAGCCCGGGCGCCGGGGGCAAAUUUUCUUAUGGCGUAUUUUCAGUGUGUACAUAUGAGGCCACACUGAUUUGCCCUCAAAUACCCGGGCUCGUCGUGUCUCUCUCGUGCGCCUAGUGCCUAGGAUCUUGAUUGAGGGUAAGUGUGGCGAACCUGUCCUGACCACCUUCCAAGUCUAUUAGCUAACAAAAGAGCCGAACACUGAAAAGCUGCUGUGGCUAGAGCAGUAGGUGGCGCCAACCUUCCCCCGCCCAAGAAAACGCUGUGGGAUUCGUUUCUGGUUCUCGCAAGGCUGCGCUCGUCAGAUCUCGCUUAGUAAAGGAUAAAACCGCCUCCCCAUGACACGAACCCUAAGCUAGAACCUAGUCGGCACGGAUAUUCUUAUCUAGAGCGUCAUGCACCCUCUCUCAAAACCACUCACCCAUCGAGUCCUAGGAGGAAUAUCACCUAUUGAUGUGUCGGCAGGUCUCCGGGGUUGUUUUCUGGCCCUGAUGUUGCCGCAGCCGUGGUUGAUCUCUGGGCUACCCAGAGCCUCUUUCGGGGCAAGAAAAAAAAAACCAAGCCCACAAGCAGAUGGAUGAGAAAGGUAGAGUAAGAGCGUCGGAACAAUCCACCGAAUCGUACCGGUAUUAUCUGUAGGGCCUAUCGCCCCUGAUGGUUCAACCCUUGCGCUGACUUCUUCUUCUUCUUCGAAAAAGUCAUCCCUACCUAUCGGCUUGGGUGGGGGGAAAGAUUUGAGCUCCUAUCCCAGAGCAAGAAUGAUUCGAACCGUUGAAUUGAGAAAUAUGGACAGGGAUGAUGGGACCUUUAGAAGCGAAUGUGCUGCGUAUCCCUGUUCAAGACAGGAACUGACCAACCAGUCUUAACUUUGGCGGAAUCGUGCCCCAUAGAAAUGGCCGAAUCAACCUGCGAAAACAAUUGCCUUUGCGGUGUCAAUUGGAACUUCUCUACACAACCUGAUAUAAAACCCUCUCUCGCCCCAGAACUUUCUCAACCACUCCCAUUCAAUUCCCUAAGCCCAUCUGUUCAAAAACUACGCACUUCAAAUUGCUAUCGGACUCUCUAGUGUCUGUGAUCCACCAUGAUCGCUGUACACAACCUCAAGUUCUAUUGCUGUAACUGCUUCCCAAGAGACCAGGUUCGAACCUCCCCCGAACCAACACCAGCACCCCCCGUCACUAGCCAGCCGAUACCAGAAGCACCUAUGAACCCCCAAGCCCCCCCAGCUCCCCGUGUGUCGGAGAUGCCGGUAGAUUCUCAAUCAACAUGACAGUCUUCAAGGACCUGCAGAGGCUAUUUCUCGUCUUACAGAAGGUAGGAUAUACUACAGUUAGAGUUUAGCCUCCUGAUGCUAACGCUCCGGUGCACCGCUUUAGGAGACAACGAGAUGGGAGGUCCUGAGUGGGUGCGGAGUGCUCUCUGUCCUGUUAUUAAAAGCUGUCCUGUCGAACUUUCCCAUGUUACAUGUAUAGUUAUAUGGUUUAUCGCUUUAUACAAUCUCUUUAGCGCUG